CCCAACCCACAUUGUCUCCGAUUCACGGCUGCGGCAUUACGUACAGAGACUGCGUUGGUGGUGCCAAGAAGCCGCCCCAGCGCAGGAUUUUCUUCGUCGGCCACCCUCUCUUUUCGGGUGCGGUGGAUUCCUCCGUCAACUUUAACCACUACCGCCUCCACUUCAUGUUGGAGUAACUGUCUGGAUCUGAGUCUGGGAGAUCAUUUCCCCUGGGGUUGAUGGGAAGCAGAUAUGAUUAUGGCAAACAUUGUAUGUAUGGAUUGCAGUGGACUGGAAGUAGGCACGCAGCAUCACUUCACGCGCUUCUCCCUUGCUAGACAAUAACCAUAGGUUUAGAGCAUAAGCUCGACCUUGCGCAGAGUCUCUGAAUAGUAGAGCCUCAAGUAACAACCCCAUCAUGUUCCGUGUCCUCCAGACAAGAUCCCUAGCAUGCAAACAGCUCCCUCACGCCCUACGCAGCCUCACCACCAUACAUCCUCUCUACUCACCCAAACCCACACCACCAAAUCCAAUAAACCAACCUACCUACCACCCCGAAGACAGCGUAGAGAACCUAGAAGGCUACACUCCGGGAGGCUACCACCCGACAUCCAUCAACGACGAAUUCUGCCACGGAAGAUACAAAGUCAUCCACAAACUAGGCUACGGCUUCUACUCAACCGUCUGGCUUGCCCGCGACAGACACAAAAACAAAACGUCGCAUUAAAGAUCGUAACCGCAGACUCUAGUAGUACAGAAAGAAGCCUCGAGUCGAAAAUCCUCCAACACCUCCAAACCGGAGAUGAUAGCAGUAG